AUGACGUUGGAAAACACCAGCGACGGCGGAGAUGAGACAUGGAGGUGGAUGGGGUGCCAUUUUACCUCGACCGACGAAGAGCUGAUCGGCGAUUGCCUCUUCAACAAGGUUCGUAAUCUGUCAUUGCGAAUCCCCCUCGGCUUUAGCAUUCCCAAGAUGGAGGUGUACAAGAAAGUGCCAUGGGAAUUGAUGGUCCGCUCCAGCUACCUUCCCAUGGGUGUGUCCUACUGCUUCGUCCGCGUGCCCUGCUUCAAAGCCAAGGACAAUAGGCUAAAGCGAAAGACGCGCGGUGGAAGGUGGGUCACCAACGGCAAGCCCCACGACAUACCGCAUCAAGAUAGGAGGGCGACGAUCGUCGGGACUCGGAGGAGUCUCAAAUUCUUCAAGGACAGCGGUGAUCCGGGAAAGAGGAACAAGGACAGCAACCUCGAACUGCAGUGGAUAAUGCACGAGUACCGCCUCCACCCCAGCCUGUACGAGACGAUCCCCUCCUACGAGACCGAGGAGAUAAUCCUGUGCUGA